UUGUCAGGCAGCACGAGAUUUGGGGGUUUAGCAUUACUGUUGUGAUAGAAAAAGUGUAUUUAAAAACGGUUACACCGGCUACUGAAUACGUAAUAGAACAAAGAACCAGCUAAUAUAAUUUCGCCACUUGUUGAUCAAUAAAUCAAAGCGUGUUGUUGGAUAAUUUGGGGUUUAGUUUCAUCCCAAACACUGAAUGUCAGCUGUCGGGCAGUGUCAUUCUCCCUCCGUGAGUUGGCCCCGCUUCAGAGAGAGCUCGUCCCAGGCCUGCUAUAGGCCGGUUUGGAGGGGGGCGGUGUUCCGGGUUGCUCCUCUGGUGACCCUGUGAGAGAUGAGCUGGGCGGAGGAGGACUGGACGGUGGGCCUGUCGGGCCUGGCCCUGCGGAAGGUGAAGGAGAUGCAGGUGCAGCAGGAGAGGCUGCAGAGGGAGAAGCAGCAGAAACAGCUGCAGCUGGACAGCAGCCAGACAGCCCUGCACAAGCAGACCGCCAAGCAUGAGGAGGUGCGCGGGGAGCUGCUGCGCGUGCAGAGGGAUCUCCAGGUGGCCUUGGAGGAGGCGCAGGCCGGGGCAGGCACGCGGGAGCGUCUCCUCCAGGAGCUGCAGGUGAAGCAGGCGCAGGUGUGCUCCCUGGAGGGCCAGCUGGACUCCUCCCGCGCCCACGCACACACCCUCGCGCAGGAAGUCAAAAGGUUGGAGGCAGAGCUUGAGAAGCUUCAAAACAGCAGCAGCUCUGGAGACUCCAUAUUGUUUUCCACCCCGUGCUGGAACAUGAACUCCCCAUGGGACCAUAAUGAAGGGAAGCAUGAGGACAGGCACGGUCACAGAGCAGAGGGAGACAGCAAAGCUCUCCAUGUCCGACAACAGCUCCAAUUCUCCGACAGUCCCAAACCUUUGCCCUCGUUCCCUCGACAUCUGCCCAAGAGCACCCCCCAUCGGCACCCCUCUCACCAGUUGGACUCCUCCGCUGUCUCCUCUGUGUUUCCGUGGGAACGGGGUGACCCGCAGGCUGCUGAGAGGGGGCGGCCCACCGCUCCCUCCUCUCCCGCAGCACCCUCUGCUGAUGUCAUCAGACGAGGCCAGGACUCUGGGGAUUAUGGGAAAGAGGAAGAAAUGGGGAAAAGGUGCGUGUCGGAGCUGCAGAGCCGAGUGUGUGUUUUGGAAGGGGAGCUGUGUGCGGAGGCAGAGCGGUUGAGGCAGACCCAGGACCAGCUGACCCAGACCAGGAGAGAGCUGGGCUCCAGAGAGCACAGCCUGCAGAAGGCCCGCGACGAACUCAGCCUCGCACACACACGCAUCUCCCAGGAGAGCGACCGGGUGUCCUCAGCAGAGCAGAGGCAGAAGCAGCUUCAGGAGGAGCUGAAGUGUCAGAGACAGAACACAGAGACCAGCAGGGUCCACGCCCAGCAACGCACCCGGGACCUGGAGAAACAACAUCAGAGGGACGUGUUGGAGCUGCAGAAAGAGCGUCAGUCCCUAGAGAAGCAGCAUCAGCAGGAAGUCAACAAGCUCAACCAGGAGAUCCAGCAGGCUAGGACGCUCCACAACGCCCUGCAGGCCCAGUUUGAGAAGCUGUCUCUCCAGAAGCAGGCGGCGGAGAGCGAGGCGGAGGGGCUGAAAGAGAAGCUCAGAUGGACAGAGGGAGAACUGAAGGAGAGCAAGAAGGUGGAAGCCCAGACCCAGGCCAAACUGACGGAGGCACAGCGCGAGGCCGAGGGGCUGAGCGUGACUCUGGAGCAGAGCAGGAGGAAGGAGAAAGGCCUGGAGGAGGAGGUGAAGAGGCUGACCCAGGACCUGGCUGACGCCCUCAGGAUCCUGAAGGAACUACAGGACCAGCAGACUGCCUCGGUGGUCCCGGUUACCCCAGUCCACUUCAGCCCCUCAGGGCAAAGCUUUGCCCCCCUCCCAUCUCCGCACCACGCUCGACUAUCCUCACACACCCUCAAGAAACUUGCCAGAGAGGAGCGAGGGAGGGAGGGCGAGGAGGAUAGGGGGGACAGGGAGAACGCUGGCUGGAAAGCCAGUUACCCCUCAGAGAGGGAGCCGGGCGAGGGCAUCGACGCAGAGCACAUCUCCUCCUUCAGCUCGGCCGGCGUCGAAGAACCCAGGAGGGCGGGAGAGAGGGCGGGGCAGGAGGAGAGGCAGAGGGGAGAACCGAGCCCAGAGACGUUGGUUGAGGAUGCCCUCAGAAGAGAAGCUUCAACCAAAGCCCAAGAUGCGCCUCAUCGUGUCCACACGGCUCACCCAGACCCCGAGAGCCCCUCCCGUUCCCGAUCCGACGGUCACCCCAGCUCGGACGACCUGCGGCGCGAGAACGCGGCGCUGCUCUCGGAGCUGCGGGACGUGAAGGAGGAGCUCGCCAAGCGGCUGGAGGACCUGGAUGGCCAGCGCAGGGCGGAGGCCGAGACCAGGACCCGCCUCAAACAGCUGAGCCGCAAACACGCCGCCCAGGCGGAGCACGGGCGAGAGAGGGAGGAGCAGGACAGGGAGAGGAAGAGGGAGCUGGAGGAGGAGAGGGCCGAGAAGGAGAGGUUGAAGCAGGCUGUGGUCGCCCUGGAGGCGAAGGCCAAGAGGGGGAGGGAGGAGAUGGUGAGGAGGGAGAGGGACCAGGAGAGAGAGAGGGACCACGAGGACAGGGAGAGCGAGCGCAUUGAGCUGAACAUCCAGCUCAAGAAGCAAUUGGCGGAGGUGAAGACAUUGCUCGCGCUCGAACGGGAGGAGAGGGAGAGGGAGAGGGAGGCGGAGAGGAAGAGGAUGAAGAAGAAAGGGAUGGAAGGAGCGGGGGACCUGACUCUCAAACUCACAGAGCUGGAGGCAGAGUUGGAAGAACUGAAAAAUCGAGGAAGUGUAGAAGGGAAGAACAGUAACGAGAGGAACAGUCCUCUGACAUAUCUCACGCUCCAGAGCGACAUCAACUCCAACUCCAACAUCAUCACCGACACUAAGUUUCUCCCUUCGCCGGACCAGCACCGCCUUUUCUGCGAGUCCUCUAAUCAACAGAAUAUGGCUGUCUCCCUGGCAACAGCAGCCGCAGAUCUCAUCCAGGAAGAAGCACAUCUGACCAAACUUCCGGAACUCUCAAUACCAACGAUUGUGGCACAAACCACUUUGGUAGCCAAGAAGGGGGUGUCCACUUCCAACCUGGAGGAAACCACUUGUGAAGCUCUGAGGGGAGAAUCUUUCGACCAGCCAGACCUAGCAGAGACUGCUUUAGAGCCCCAAGUGGAGUCUAACACAGACUUAAAGGAGACUACCAAGGAUCCGUGGGGGGGGGGGUGUGCUUGGGAGCUAGCCCAGGAGGUGGAGCGUCUGCGUGGUGAGAACGCCAGAGAGGCGGGGCAAGCUUUGCAGACACAGGCUAAACUGGAGGCCCUGCAGACCCAGGUGACCUGCCAGACCCGGCAGCUCACCCUGGCCUUCGACAAGCAGAGCCAACACAUAGUGGACCUGCUCGCGGAGCUGCAGCUGAAGGAGGGCGCCCUCUUCAGCCAGGGAGGGGAACUGCAGCGCUGUAGGGAGGAGCUGGCCUCGCUCACGGCACCGAGACAGAAGGAGCAGGGGGAGAAAGACGUGAAGAAACGAGAGGAGGAGGGAGAGAGAAACACAGAGACACCAGAGGAGGAGAAGGAGAAGGAGGAGGAGGAAGCAGCAGAAGGAAAGGAGGGUGGAGAAGCUGAAAAUCAGAAGCACAAUAUGAAAUUGGAAGAGAAUAUAAUUCACCUCCAUCUCCUCACUGCUACACAAGAGCCGUCUGUAUCCAAGGGAGAUGUGUGUCUCACCAGGACUGAGGACCCUCAGAGACAAGAUGGCGGAGAAGAAGCCUUUGCUAAAGAACUACAAACUCUCAAACAAGAGAACCAUCAACUGAAAAUGAGACUUCAAUCUCUGGAAGCUUCAGAUAGAGAAACAAGGAGUUCUGUUAGCGAGAUAACACCGCCUGACACUAUUGAAGAUCCUGACAGGACACCAGUAGAGGAGAGGGCUGGAAAUUACCUCACUUCCUCUCCCAUGGAACUCAAGGGGGAACAACUCAUUGAAGGAGUCAGUGACAUCACUCCCAGCCUGAAGUCUGCGCUGCAGGAUGAAGAUAAACCAAAGGACGAGAUGAGAGAGGACAGGAAGAUUCAGGAGGAGGGGGAGGAGGAGGGGGAGGCGGUGUCUGAAGAAGAGAGUCAUUCAGACAGGAUGACUCAACCUCAGAUCAACUGCCUACAACAACAGGUGGUGGCACUGCAGGCCCAUCUGCAGAUCCUCUCUGAGGAGCACCAGAAGCAGGCGGACGAGCUGGUGCUGUGGAGGCUGACCACCAAUGAGCUGACUCAGGUACAGAUGCCCUGGCUGACCCAGGACCAGACCCUGGAACAGGCCACCUGUCUGGGCCAGGAGGGCCAGCCUGUCCCGGGAGGGUCCCCCAGCUCUGUGACGGUGAUCAGAGAGGAUGAGCUGCUCCUCUCCUGCACUUCCAGCAGACUGUAUGGGCGGACCCUGGGCUCAAGAAUACAGCACUGCACCUCCCCUGAACCAAAUCCCCUCCAGUACUCUCCCAGACAGAGCUCCAGUGGACCUCAGGAACACAUGAGUCCUGAGGAAGAUGAAGAUGAAGCUAAUCGCACUACGGUUGUUCCCAAAGAAGCUCACUCCAGCUCAGGGCACCAGGUUAAAGCUUUAGGGCUUGCAGACACAGAUGAAUCAAGACCCAGAGGCCAGACCCAGACCAAAGAAGUUGAACCUAGAGAGAAUGCGUCUCACCCUGCUAGUGACAUGGAGGCCCAUUCAACCCAAUCACUGUCCCUGGAGAACCAAACUGCACCUGACCAAUGUAACACUAAGCAGCGGGAGACGAUAUCAGUGUCCGACUUAGUUGUUGAUUUUAACCACCUCUCCUCAAGUCACUGCAAACGUCCUCAAACUACAACUACCAUGGUCUCCACCUUAGAAAGCCAAACUACAGUGGAGCAGGUCCAAUUGGAGGGUCAAAGGUCUGAAUUGAGCGAAUUGAUCCCACCCCAGAUCUCUACUUCAGUUUUCCCUUCAGGAAUGUCUGACGAGAAAUAUCCAGCAGAGGGUGAGGGAGGUCAAGGGUCAAAGUUCACAAAGGCUGCCAAACAUUCAGAUGCUUUAGAAAAAGUAAGCCAAAUGGAGGUGAGAAGCACUGCCACUCAGACUGAGGAGGGCUCUGCCACCACCCCCACCCCACAUGAACUACACCAAGCCUCCACGCAGACUGAGGAGGAGGAGGAUGAGGAAGAGCUGGUGGACUCACCUCCUCUGUCUCCCAUCCCACCGGCCGAAGGCUGUGACCGACUGCUGUUCUCUGGUUCUUUCCCCAUCCCCUCUGACCCCGCCCGCCUGGCCGAACGCAUCCGCCGCAGCCGGAGCCAGAUGUCAGCGGCGUACGACGACACGGAGUACGAACCCUACGGCCUGCCUGAGGUCGUCAUGAAAGGUUUUGCCGACAUCCCCAGUGGGCCUGCCUGUCCCUACAUUGUGAGACGGGGGCUCCUAGGUACACCAGCAGUGCCUCUCCCUCCAAAAGAGCCUGGGCCAAAAGAGGGGGGCAGGGGGAGGCCCAAGCAGCCUUAAAACACACUACAGGCACAGCUCAACACAAAUUUCCAGAAGAAAAACUCUGGUUUCCUGAUCAUCAUCACUGCCUGGAGUGUGAGGAAAAAUGGCUGGCUGGAUGGAUGAAUUGAAGAAAGAAUGAAUGAAUAAAAACGGUACUUCAUAUGGCAUCAUGUGAAACGACUAGCUGCUAGAAUUGCCCCCCCCCACACACACACACACACACACCAUUUUAAUAUCUACCUGCUUAGGUUUAGUGAUUUAUCUUGUGUUAGUUGCGGCUUGACGUUAAAGUCCCUGAAAACUUGAAUGUAUGUGCAUUGCCUUAUUUAUUGACACGAGAAUGUGUUUGUCUAUGAUUCUGUAAGCAGAAGUCUGGGCAGCUGGGUAUGUGAAUGUGUACGUUUGCGUCAGAUUUGACAUCCAAUGUGUAUGAAUGCGAGCCGGCUCAUGUGUUGUGUGUCCUCGCUGUUUUCUUAAUGUUGAUGUGUGUGCGCAUGAACGUGUGCAUGACUAAGCCUAACCUGAGUUUGUUUCCGCUCCAUGUAUGGUCAUUAAGUGUGAGCUCUCUCUCUCUCUCUCUUUUGCUCUCACACACACUUGACAUAAUGCUUUAAUACACUCAACUGCUUUGAAAUGACAGAAAAACACAAGUUCUUGUGGGAUUUUCUUUUUUUUGUAGCUGCAAUGUACCGAAUUUUAGUGUGUUUAGUGCCUAUUUUGUUUAGUAGAUUAAAUUGCAUUUAAUUUAUUUGAUUGAUGAAACAAUUUUUAUAACUUUUGUUUUUGUGGCGCAUGGUUUUGUGCUAUAAAUAAACGUUAAGUUGAUUUUAUAGACUAGUUUUCCAUUAAAGGUUGUAUGUUUUGUCGCCGUUUUUACAGAUAACUUUCUGACCGAUGCGAUGAACUGGUUUACUUUUAAAGCUACUCUUUUUACUACUAGUGAUUCAUAGUUGAGCAUACUUGAAGUGGGUUUUGAAUGUUUUGUUUCAUCUUGUAGAAUAACACCUUUUUCAAACUAAUUGACACCCCGGACAAGGAAAUGUUCAUGUACAUUUUUGGGGGGGGAAGUUGAUUGAAAUGUUUAAAAAAAAUCCUAUAAUAGUGACUUUUAUUUUGAAGUAAAUAUGUGCUUUCUUUGAACUCUGGACUGUUACAGUCUGGGGCUCUGUUUGAAUAUGCUGUAGAUUUAGCUUCUACCAUCCCCAGGUGACUACUGUUCCAACUCAUCUGUUUUGGUGAAACCAAGGUCUUCGGUGCAUGUAGUUCACCAAUCCACUCUUUGUUAAAUCAGUUAUAAAACUUAGGGACAUGGAAAGAAAGGAUUUGUGUUUUCAGUGUUUGAACAGGUCCUUCUGCUUCUGAUUUAAUACUUUAUGAAAUUGACUGGGAAAUGUUCAUAUUUUGGUGGGAGUUUUCAGUUCGAGCAACACUGAAUUCCUUCCUCUGUUUGACACUUUUAUGUGAAUGUAUCUGUGUUGAUACUUGCAAAUUAAAAUAGUUGAUCUCA